AGCUGCAGACGACAUAGCUUCCUCUCACCCACUAUCUUUGCUUUUACUGCCAGUCACCUUGACCCAUGAUACCCUACAGCCGACGCCUCAGCACCGCCAUCGUCACACGACCAACCUCCUUCCCGCCGCCAUUGUCGCCCUCCUGCAUCUAAACGCACCGCAUCGAGCCCUUCUCGUUGACUCUGAGCUCGACGAAGAUUGAAACAUGGGGAAAGAUAGCGACGUUCCACAGCCAGGGCCUGCGCGCCUCGCAAAGGGCGCAGGACCCGAUGAAUGGCUGGAGCAAGCCAAGCAAUGCAAGUACUUGCCCGAGGCAGACAUGAAGCGACUAUGUGAGAUUGUCAAAGAAUGUCUUAUGGAAGAAUCCAACAUCCAACCCGUAAGAACACCUGUCACGGUAUGCGGAGACAUCCACGGCCAAUUCUAUGACCUUCUCGAGCUCUUCCGUGUCGCUGGUGGCAUGCCCAACGACUCCCCUGCCGCACCCCUCGCGCCGCCAGUCACAUUACCAAGCACAAUUAACCCCGCCGAUCUCGAGCCUCCCACAAGCAUAACAGAUCCCAAAGUAAAGCGCAAGAUGAAGAGGCGGUUCCAGCGCGACCCCAAUUACACCGGGCCUACGAGUCCUCCUGGCGGUGAUGGCGAUGAAGAAGGCGAUGACGAUGAGGAGGAGGAACGAGGUCGAAGCAGGAGCGUCCACGACAGGCGGAGUAUCGGAUCCGCAUCCGACGCAGACUCGGCCAAAAACACAGUUGGCGGAAACGGCCAGCAGAAUUUCAUCUUCUUGGGUGACUUUGUCGACCGAGGAUAUUUCAGUCUGGAGACUUUCACUCUUCUCAUGUGCUUGAAGGCAAAAUUCCCAGACCGCGUCACAUUGGUCCGUGGAAACCACGAAUCGCGACAAAUUACCCAAGUCUACGGUUUCUACGAGGAGUGCCAAACCAAGUACGGCAACGCUUCAGUAUGGAAGGCCUGCUGUCAAGUCUUCGACUUCCUCGCUCUGGCUGCCAUCGUCGAUGGAAAGGUGCUUUGCGUACACGGCGGUCUGAGUCCUGAAAUUCGGACAUUGGAUCAAAUCCGCGUCGUAGCCCGCGCCCAGGAGAUCCCCCACGAGGGAGCCUUCUGCGAUCUUGUGUGGAGUGAUCCUGAAGACGUAGACACUUGGGCAGUCUCGCCUAGAGGUGCAGGUUGGCUGUUCGGAGACAAGGUGUCUUCUGAAUUUAACCACGUCAACGGUCUCCAGCUCAUCGCCCGAGCCCAUCAAUUAGUCAACGAAGGCUACAAAUACCACUUCAAAGACAAGGACGUUGUGACCGUCUGGUCAGCACCCAACUACUGCUACCGCUGCGGAAACGUCGCUUCCAUCAUGAACCUGGGCGAGGACCUUAAGCCAGAAUUCCAAAUCUUCAGUGCUGUUCCGGACCAUAAGCGUGCUGUCCCAGCUGGGAGGGGAGGUCGCGGAGAGUACUUCUUGUAAACAGCGUGUGGUGGUGUUUGCUUGUGGAUAAGGGAAAUGGAAAAGGUCGCUGGUGCACGACGAGACGGGCGGAUGUGUGUGUAUAUGCAUUCUUACGAUAUGAUGGAGAAGUGGAGACUUGAAUGAAUACCCCUGGGAAGAUGAACGACCGGAAUGGAAUGUAUAUGGAUUUUGAACAUGGCUUGUACGAUAUGCGCGUUGACGGAGUCUUGUUGGUAGUAGUAGUAGUAUAAACGGUAU